CCUUGAUAGACGUAUCAGCGGUUCCCAUAAAGAGUUACAAACACCCGAGAAAACCCCCCAAAAAACCCCAAAGAAAAGCCGCCGCUGACUUCGCUUUCUUUGAGAAGAAACUUGGCUUGGAAAACAAUAACAGUUAGCGGUCUCAAAUGUUGUUUAGUGUUAUUGUUGCUGUGUUGUGGCACGAGAUGUUUCAAAAAUGUGGCCAGAAAUGAUAAAAAACGUGCAGAAAAUGCCAAAGAAAUGUGUGUGAAAGAUGCAAAGUGAAGUUAAGAAAUAAAGAAAAUAAAAGAAAAGAAAAAGAAAAGCGCCCAAGUUUAUGUGUGAAGACAGGCAGUCCUUGGCAUAAAGCAAAUUAACGGCCAAGAGGUGUUAAUUUACGAGUGUUUGCAGUGCAUUUUCGCCAUCUCCCACACCGGGCUCUGCUUGCCAGCAGCUGCACCGGAGAAUCCCCCAGAGUGCGUUUGGCUCCCAGCUAUGUUGCUGUUAAGAUGCAGCUCCAAUCCUUACCGCUGCUCCAACAGCUUCUCCUCCUCCUUCUGCUACUUGCCACGCCCGCCCAUUCGCGGGUGAGGAGCAACCUCUAUCAGAGUCAACAUCAAGUUCGAGAUCAAGAUGCUGCCGAGGAUCCUUUGGUGGCCGCCAGCCUGCUGCUGGAGGAACUGCAGCAGACCAGCGGUCAGCUUGUCAAUCUGACGCGACAUCACGAUGGCGAUACCUUCCACACAAGCGGCCUGGGCAACAGUGCCUGCAAUGCGGACACCUGCAUUGGACUCUCGAGCGGCACAGCCUCGCUGGUGCGUCUCCCCGGCGAAGCCAUCGGUCAAGGCAACGAUGGACGCGAGCCGGCUUCGACCUCGUUGGAUGGCGGUCAGAGCCAGAUGGAGCUACUUAGCCGGCGGUUCAAGCUGCAGAAGAAGGGUCGCCAGCCGGCAGAUGAGGAGCAGCAAAGCGGCUGCACUUGUCGGUGUCUGCCAUAUCUAAGGGCAUAUCGCGAGGACCUGGGCAUAUGUGUGGACGACAUCCACGAGUGCUCCCUGUCGCCCUUUGUGAGCGGUUCCUCGUCGGAGAAGAUACCCUUUGUCUUCCUGCCGCUCAAGGGUCAAAUCAUCUAUCCCAGCAGGGAGAUCAGCUUUGCCAGCAUCCAAACACCCGUUUGUGCCGUAACGGGUGCCCAGUACUUGGGCUCCAAUGGCUGGUCGGAUCUGCGGAAUCCCAUCGACACCGACUAUCCCUUUCGCAUGUUUCGGGAUGAGGGACGCAGCUUCCUGCUCUGGCUGGGCGAGGCAGAUCUACGCCAGAAAAUGCAGGGACGCCUGAUCGUGGUGCAUCUAGUAUGUAGGGACAUGACGGUGGCCCUAAAUGCCACCAAGGUGAAUCCAGGAGAAAGAGAGCCUCUAAUGCCGCCCAGAAAUGUGCACUCGCCUUGUGUGGCCUUUCGGGUGAACGGAAGUCCCGUCAAGUAUACGCACAAUGUUCCCGAGGUCUUCUUCCAGCCCGCCAACUCCACCACUCUGGCCUCCACCUCCGAUGGCAUGACCAUGCGGGAGUAUGUGGUCAUUGGAAUCUGCAGCCUGCUCUUGGGCCUCAUCUAUGUGGCCUCUGUGUUCCUGUAUCUUUACAUGAAGAAAAGGAAGCGUCACAGCUCCCGAAAUUCCUUGGAUAAUCUGGCGAAUGACAUAAAUUAUCCCAAGAAUGACCAGGUCACCUAUGGGGCACCCUUCAGCCGCGUGGGCAGCAUUUACUCCGCCAAUAGCAUGGGCUUAGGUGGCACUGGUAAUGAUCCCAACCACCGCACAAGCAUUGGUAGCCACAAGGAGGACAUGGGCAUUGUAAAGAACAAUCCUUUGCUGCAGCAUUUCCCGCAGCUAAGCGAAAGGGAGCACAAUUCCGGGUUUGCCAGCGAUAUAUCCAACUCGAAUUCGGAGUGCGAAAUGGAGGAGAAGAUCAAGACUUCCGUUCUGGUUCAUCCACAGCUGAGCAAGUCGCCCAAGCCCACGGAUAGCUCCUCUUUGGAUACAGAUGACUUCCUGCAAGACAACGAGUGCCUGCCUGCCGAGAAUGUGGCCGUGAUUGAUGAGCUGAUGAGCGAGGAAAAGCUGGAGAAUCUCAGAGCCAUGGUCAGUGGAAAUGUGAGGAAGAAGCUGUACUUUAAUCCUGCCUACUUUGAGCCUCAUCUGCUGGCGGAACCCCCUCAAGCAGCCAUUGAGUUUUUGCAAAAAAUCCGCGAGGUCAUUGCCAUUGCCAAGUACAAGAUGGCCGCCAAGCGAUAUCAGCCAUCUUUAAACAUCAUCCCCGAGGAAUUGCAGCAUGAUUCGCCCAGCAGCAGUUCACCCACCAUGUUUAAUAUUCCCCUCCAGCAGAGUCUGGCGGCCACGAAAGGAAUGGGAGACAAGCGAAACAGCAUUGAACAGUGGCUACAGAGUGUGCCCAACUCGGAGGCAUCGGCUGCUUCAGCCCAAAAGACACCCAGUACGCCGGCUAAGAAGGGAUCCGGAUCUCCCAGCAAAGGAUCCCUGCGUAGGGAGAUUACUGCACCCAAGGAGAGGCCACCACCGCCGCCCUUGAGCAAAGUCAAGACAGAGGAGGCUUCUUCUCCAGCUUCACCCAAAGCAGUUACUCCCAGUAGGAGUCCUGUGAAGAGCAACCCAGAUUCUCCAAAAUCCAAGUCUCCUGGUAGCAACUCCUUCGAGAGUUUCUCCGCCUUUUCGGUAGCCGCCAAUGUCUAUGGCUUCGCGGAAACUGGCGGGGAGAUCUACAACAAUCCCAAGUUCAUGCUGGCCGACUCGCCGGCUGCCUCCUUGCGCAGUGCCUCCAGUCGCUCCAAGUCGCUGAGGAAGCGUAGCGAGGUCCUGGAUCAGUUUGCAGCUGCCAACUCCACGCCCACCUCACUCACCUCCUUCGAUCGGCAGCACUACAACAUGCUGAGGAGUAUGAAGCCGGCGGAGGUCAUAUACGAUUCCCUGAAGCGGGAGUUUGCUGCCCACAUACCCACCCCAGACUAUGAUAGCACCAUUGAGAAGAAGAUCAAGGAUAUAUACAGCAGCACCCAGAGCAGCAUACCCUCGGUGCCCACGCCGGACUAUAGCUCUCUCAGCCGGAAGUCCUUGAAGCAAUUCCAGCCGGAUUCUCCUAUAUACCGAAGGAAGUCUCCUCAGUAUUUGAUUGUGGACUAUGAAACGGAUAGCUUGGAGCGACUGGAGCCCAGCAAGCGCAAGAGUUCGCACUCCUCCAGCUCACCCUCGUCCGAUGUCAGCUCCCAGCUGAGUCCCAGCCUGAGCACCGCCCUGCCGCUGGAGGAGGAGAUGGAGAUCAGUCACACGGUGUACGAUCGCCUGGAUGGAUUUCGCAAGGAGGGCGAGAUGAAGAUGAAGCGUCUGGCGGGCAAACAUCACCACCAGCAUCCGCAUCCCGUCCAGCAACAGCGGCAGCAGAAGGAGGCAGCGGCCAGGAUCAAGUACGACACGCCCUUUCGCGGCAGCAUGACCAUCGAGGUGGAGCACGAACCGCCCUCGGAUCUGGAGCGCACGGAUAGCGAUCAGUUUGAGCCCGACACGCUGGACAGGAAGCCCAAAAAGCAGAGCUUCUGCGACAUCUCAGCCUGGGAUGGCCACAAGCCCAUGGAGACGGACUUUAAUCAGAUCAACUCUCUGCCUGAUUUGAGUCGCCAGCAGAUGAUGAGUCCAGUGCCCAGUCCGGCGGCCAUCAAGCCAAGGACAGCCUCGUUUAUACUUCGGUCGAGUAACUCUUUUAGGAAUCUAAGAGAGAUCUACGAAUCGCCCUUGGUAGCCCAACAGGAGAGCUGCAAGUGCGAGAAGAAGCCCACGCCGGAGGAGGAGGGUCGCAUACUCACCCUGGAGGCCAAGCACUCGCGACGGCAGCGAGGAAUGGGUGUGGAAACCUCGCCCACGCAUUCGGUGGUGGAUAUCACCAAGGUGAACAAGACUACAAUCAAGAUUUCAUCACCCAAGGCUGAGAAAGCCACUGUGGCACCUCCUCCGCCCCGGCCCAAGGCCAGCAAUCAGCACUACUGCCCACCGCUGCCCAGUCAGGGUAGCAAGCGUCCACUGCCACCGCCUCCUCCUCCCAGCUCUGCGGAGCAGCAGCAUCAGCAGCAUCAGCAGCAUCAUUCCCCCGAGGAAGAUGCCUACAGCCUGCACAGCGAGGUCACAGAGGUUACCGGUGUCUCGGAGUUUGACAACAACACCAUGUCUAGUGCUAUAUCGGCCACCACCGAGGAGAGAACUCACACCAAGGUCUCCUCCAGGACAGCAGCAGCCAAGACAGGAGGCAAAGUCCAGGAGGAGGACUAUGAGGGGAUGUAUAGCAAGAAAAUCAACAGUCUGAGGAACGACUACAGUCUGACCAAGUAUCUCAAUCGGCGGAAAAGCCAGCGCGAGGAGGCCUCCAAAGGGGGACAGGAUGCUGCUCCCAAAGACGCCCCCGAAACCGUAGAGUUCUCUGCAAACAAGAACCUCAAAGAUGUGGAUCUCGUCCAGUUUGAUGCUUUGAGUGUGAGCUCUCGUUCCAAUCGGAGCAGCGGUCAUCUCUCCGAGCGCACCAAGGAGAUGUAUCGCAAUGCAGGAGUCCCUGUGGGCAUUGCCUAUCCGCAGAGGGCGGCUAGUAGCUCAGGCGCCCCCAACUCCGGGGGAAAUGUCCAGACCGUUUACCGGUGUGAGAUUGAACAGGCCCAGCUCACAAACGGAAUGCAGAUUGCCAUUGGGCUAAAGGAUCGGGCCAAGAAGGCCAAGGAUCUGAAGAAUGCGUGGCGCAAGUUUGUUACAAUGGCGGCCAACAAGUUCAGUCCCAGUCAGAGUCCGGCUCCCACCUAUGGCAGCAAGAAUGCAGCUGGCUUUCUAGAGGACGACGGCAUAGCCUCCAUCAUUGAGGAUGCAGCUCAGAGUGCUGGUUUGGGUCAACCUGGAAGCCAAACCUACUACGAGCAGCGUUUUGGGCAACUGGACAGUGGCUACAUGAGCACCGAUUCCACAGAGCUGUACAAACGCAAUGUCUACGAUAGAUACAACUUCAAGAUGCUAUCCGGUGGCCGAGGGCAGGUCAUCCGAGUGGACACCAUCGAGGAUAACGACGAAGAGGAAAGCGGUCCAAACGACAGUCGCUUUGAGGAUCUGGAGCAUAUGGUUUCACCAGGACACAGUCGCAGAUCCCCGGACACCUUGGGCGUGGUGAACAAUGGUGACUUGAGCGACGCGGAUUCCGACAAGACCCUCACGCGUUCCCACUCACAAACGAACUCCCAGGAACUGAAUGUGCGGGGCAGCACCACUACAAUGUCGUCCUACUCCUCAGACGAGCAGGGAGGACGCGGGCACAGCACCUGCUGCGGCUCCUCGGAGACGGAUGAGGAGACCAAUGCGGAGGACAUGUGGGAGUCCGGGGCGGAGAGCAUAGAGACCCACUCCGUGCUCUACAAGAUGAUACGAAAGAGUUGAAAUAGAGUUAGUUAGUCUACGCAAUAAAUAGUUUCUAGGGAUGUGCAAUAACUAUAUAUCCGCAGCAGACUUUUAGAUUUUAAGAAUAUAGCAAACAAUCAGUGCAAUAACUGGAGAUUCUUGCCAAACCACAAGGUGCAAUUUUAGUAGAUCUAAAACUAUAACUUAUAUAUAGUAUAUGUAGGAUAAAGGAAUCCCCUGGGGAACUGCAUCCAAUACGCAAAGUGCAGGUACCAACAGGACAACGAACCCAAGCCCUAAGAUAUCCAAGUGCAAUCAAUAUAUAGAAUAUAUAUCGUGUAGUAUCGUAACGGAUGCGUAUUGUGAUAAAUGUCAGCAGUCUUGGGCCGGAAAUGUGCAAUCUUAGUUCAUAGUGUCAGUUGUAAAUGGUUUAUGUUUAAGUUUAGAGUUUAUAA